GACAGCGCAAACAGACGCACGUCGGGACGCAGGAGACGCGGUUUGGGGGACCGAGGAAGGACUGGGAUGCUCUGGGUCUGACCUGAGCAGAUCUGUGCAGAAGAGGCAGAACAAGAACUUUUCUAAAUCUGAACCAAGCAGAUGGAAAUUAACCGGGAGUACAGCUUUCUCUCCUCCUCGGUGCUUUAAGGUCAGAUUACAAAGAGACGAGAAGCGCCCUGAAAGAUGGAUCCUUUCUUUGUAGAGGGAGCUCGAGUCUGGCUGAGACAUAAAGAGCAACUCCUCCCCUCCACCGUCAACUCAUCUGAUGACCUAUUGUUGGUCCUCACUACAGAAUAUGGGAAGGUGAUUCAGGUCCAGAAGGAGGAAUUAGGCAGGCAGAUGGUUUACCUGAUGCACCCCAGCAGCAUCCAGGGAGUUGAAGAUAUGUCUACACUGGCAGAGCUGCACGAAGCUGCCAUCAUGCACAACCUCUUUCUGCGCUACCAGAAAGACAACAUCUAUACCAAUAUAGGUUCAAUUCUUGCAGCAGUAAACCCGUAUAAACAGAUAGCCGGCCUGUACGACGGCGCUGCGGUAGAUCUAUACAGCAAGCACCAGAUGGGGGAGCUGCCUCCUCACAUCUUUGCCGUGGCCAACGAGUGUUACCGCUGCCUGUGGAAGCGGCACGACAGUCAGUGUGUUCUCAUCAGUGGAGAGAGCGGUGCUGGGAAGACGGAGAGCACCAAGUUGCUGCUGAAGUUCCUCUCAGUGAUGAGUCAGAACUCGUCCGGUACUCCUCUGUCAGAGAGGACCACCAGAGUGGAGCAGGCCCUGGUCCAGAGCAGUCCCAUCAUGGAAGCAUUUGGGAAUGCCAAGACUGUUUACAACAACAACUCCAGCCGCUUUGGGAAGUUCAUCCAGCUCCAUUUUUCACAGAACGGGAACAUUCAGGGAGGCUGCAUCACCGACUAUUUGCUGGAAAAGAACCGCGUGGUUCGGCAGAAUCCUGGGGAGAGAAAUUACCACAUCUUCUACGCCAUGCUAGCGGGGGCAGACAGAAACCACAGAGACGUGUACCUGCUGUCUGAAGGCCCUGAGACGUACCACUACCUGAGCCAAGCCGGCUGCGUGCAGGACAGCAGUCUGGAUGACAAGCAGCUCUUCAACAGCGUGAUGGAAGCCCUUAAAGUGAUGGAGUUCACUGAGGAGGAGAUCAGAGAUGUGUUCAGGUUGCUGUCUGCUGUCCUCCAGAUGGGAAACAUUGAGUUCAUGACAGCUGGUGGAGCUCAGAUCACAUCAAAUGGAGUGGUCAGUAAUGUCAGCGAGCUGCUUGGCCUGGACUCCUUCCAGCUGUCAGAGGUGCUGACCCAACGCUCCAUGAUCCUCAGAGGAGAGGAGAUCUGCUCCCCCCUCACUGUGGAGCAGGCGGUGGAUUCGCGGGACUCUGUCGCCAUGGCGCUGUACUCCCAGUGUUUUUCCUGGAUCAUAAUGAGGAUCAACCAGAAGAUCAAAGGGAAGGACAACUUCAAGUCCAUCGGCAUCCUGGACAUCUUCGGAUUUGAGAAUUUUGAGGUGAACCGGUUUGAACAGUUCAACAUCAACUACGCGAACGAGAAACUCCAGGAGUACUUCAACAAGCACAUCUUCUCGUUGGAGCAGCUGGAGUACAACAGGGAGGGGAUCCAGUGGGAAGCCAUAGACUGGAUGGAUAACGCAGAGUGUCUGGAUCUCAUUGAGAAGAAACUGGGCAUGUUGGCUCUUAUCAAUGAGGAGAGUCGCUUCCCCAAAGGCACAGACUACACCCUCCUGGAGAAACUGCACAGCCGACAUGCGGCAAAUUCGUACUAUGUGAAGCCCAGAGUGACCGACCACCAGUUUGGCAUCAAGCAUUAUGCCGGAGAGGUGUUGUAUGAUGUGCGAGGAAUCCUGGAGAAGAACAGAGACACCUUCAGAGAUGACAUCUUAUUUAUUCUCAAAGACAGCAGGCUUGACUUCAUCUACGACCUGUUUGAGCGCGUGGGCAGCAGAAGUGGAGACGAGACUCUAAAGAUGGGCACCGCUCGACGCAAACCAACCGUCAGCUCUCAGUUUAGGGACUCUCUUCAUUCCCUCAUGGCCACAUUGAGUGCCUCCAACCCUUUUUUUGUGCGCUGCAUCAAACCAAACAUGGACAAGAAGGCCACUCAGUUUGACCCCGAUGUCGUCCUGAACCAGCUGAGAUAUUCCGGGAUGCUGGAAACCGUAAAGAUUCGCAAGGCCGGAUUCCCAGUCCGCAGAACCUUUAAGGACUUCUUCAGCAGGUACAAAAUGAUCCUGAGAAAUAAAAUCCACUUGGACGAUGAGAAGCAUCGCUGCUCAGAACUUCUCUCAAUGCAUGACAAAACCAAGAAAGAGUGGCAGCUGGGGAAGACAAAGGUGUUCCUGAAAGAGGCUUUGGAGCAAAGGCUGGAGAAGGAGAGGGAAGAGGUGCGGCGCAGGGCUGGCAUGGUGAUCCGCGCCCACAUCCUCAGCUAUGUGGCAAGGAAACAAUACAGACGAGUUCUGUCCAGCGUCGUCACCAUCCAGAAGCACUACCGCGCUCACUUUUGGAGGAGGGCCUUCCUGCACCUGCGCUCGGCCGCCAUCGUCCUGCAGAAGCACCUCAGAGGUCAGCUCGCCAGGUCCUUCCACCGCCAACUCCGGGAGGAGAAGCGGAAACGAGAGGAGGAGGAGAGGAAGAGGAGAGAGGAAGAGGAAAGGAGGCGAUUAGAGGAGGAGGAGAGGAGGAGAAUGGAGGAGAGGAAGCAACAGGAGGAGGAGGAGAGAAGGAAGAAGGAAGAGGAGGAGAAGCAGAGGCUGAAGGAAGAGGAGGAGCAGAGACUGGCAGCUAUAGAGGAGAAAACCAGGAACUCUCUGGUGAACAGUGCUUGUCAAAAGCAGAAGCCGCUGACCCAAACCCCAUCCUACAGCCACACCUCAGAAGAGGAGAACCGUCAAAUGGAGGAGAUCCUGCGUCUUGAGAGGGAGAUCGAGCGCCUCCAGAAGCAGCAGGAGGAUGGCGUGUCCCUCCUCGGCGAUGUUUCCCAUGAGGAGCUGCGCCAGAUGAGGGACGCAGAGAUCUACAGGCUGGAGAAAGAGGCUUCUCGUGUGGCCACUGAGUUCUUGGAGCUGUUGGACUUUGGUGGAUUAGAGCCAUCGCUGUCGAGCGAGGAGAACCUCCACGAGUCAAAUGACAAUACAGCUCCUCUAGCUGAGGAGGAGGUGGACGACGGUUUCCCCACAGAGGAUGAGUGCGUUCCUUUACCUGACUUCCCUCCUCCUGCUGCAGUUCCUCUUGACAGGGAAGUUUUCAAAAGUGUUCCUCCUCCUCCACCUGCCUUUGCAGAAGGAGUAAUGCUCUCCUCCUCCUCCAUUGCAUGCCCUGCACCAGCAGUUACCUCUAACGGACUGGAUCACGCUCCAGCUCUAACAGACUUCCAAACCUCCCACCAUCCUUCUCCUCCUCUACUAACUAACGGAGAGAGGGCAUCGGAUUUUGAGCCUGUAAAGGAAGCUCCAUCACAUUCAAACCUGCCAGAUGCAGAGUCGGACUAUGAUCAGGAGGAGUUCGAGGAGGCUCAUGGGAGCUCAGGGGCGAGCAUUUUUGAUGGCCACAUCACAGACGAGGAGUUGCUGCGAGAAUCAUCCUGCACCCAAAACAGCCUGGACUCCUUCAGAGGCAGCUCAGACUCGUUCAUUGACAGUGAUGAUGAAAACGACGGCUACGUGGACACAGAUGAGGAGGUCUCUAACGGGAGAGUGAAUCUGCUGAAUGGCAGCGGGCCUCCAUACUUCCAUGGUUACCUCUACAUGAAGAGCGGCCUCAUGAUCCCAUGGCGUCGUCGAUGGUGCGUGCUCAAAGACGAGACAUUCAUGUGGUUCCGGGCCAAGCAGGACUCGCUCAAAUCUGGAUGGCUGUACAAAAAGGGAGGGGGAAUGUCCACCUUGUCCCGCCGAAACUGGAAGAUGCGCUGGUUUGUUCUGCGAGAGUCCAAACUCAUGUACUUUGAGAAUGACAGCGAGGAGAAACUGAGAGGAACGAUUGAUGUUCGAACAGCCAAGGAGAUAGUGGACAACCAUGUGAAGGAAAACGCUCUGAAUAUUGUAACUGAGGAGAGGACCUACCACAUCUAUGCAGAGUCCCCUGAAGAUGCCAGCGGUUGGUUCAAUGUGCUGAGUCGGGUCCACAGCGCCAGCCCGGAGCAGCUCAUGGAGAUGCACCACGAACAGGCCAACCCAAAGAAUGCUGUGGGCACACUAGAUGUGGGAUUGAUUGAUUCUGUUUGUGCAUCGGACAACCCAGACAGACCAAACUCCUUUGUGAUCAUCACGGCCAACCGAGUGAUCCACUGUAACACAGAAACACCUGAGGAGAUGCACCACUGGAUCGGCCUGCUGCAGAAAUCUAAAGGAGAUACAAGAGUUGAUGGACAGGAAUUCCUAGUUAGAGGCUGGUUGCACAAAGAAAUGAAGUCUGGAGCCAAGAGCACGUCUCUGAAGCUGAAGAAGCGCUGGUUUGUUCUCACCCCAAACUCCCUCGACUAUUACAAGUCAUCUGAGCGCAACGCCACCAAACUGGGAACACUGGUCCUCAACAGUCUCUGCUCUGUGGUGCAGCCUGAUGAGAAAAUCUUCAAAGACACUGGCUACUGGAAUAUAGUGGUGUAUGGGCGUAAACACUCUUAUCGGCUUUACACUAAGCUGCUGAACGAAGCCAUGCGGUGGGCGAAUGCCAUACAAGGAGUCAUAGACAACAAAGUCCCCAUCGAAACACCAACUCAGCAGCUCAUCAGGGACAUCAAGGAGAGCAGUCUCAAUGUGGAGGCUGUGGAACAGACGUACUGGAGGAACCCCAUCCUGCGAUAUACACAGCAUCCUUUGCACUCCCCCCUUCUACCUCUGCCUUAUGGAGAUGUCAGCGUCCACUUGCAAAAGGAAAAGGGUUACACCAGCCUGCAAGAUGAGGCCGUGAAGAUUUUUAACUCGCUGCAGGAGAUGGAGGCUGUGUCUGACCCCAUCCCGAUCAUCCAGGGAAUCCUGCAGACCUGCCAAGACUUGAGGCCAUUGAGAGAUGAGGUUUACUGUCAGCUAAUCAAACAAACCAACCACGUCCCGCACCCCAACAGCCCUGCCAAUCGCGCCCACUGGCAUCUCCUGACCUGCAUGAGCUGCACCUUCCUCCCCAGUCGAGGAAUCCUGCGCUACCUCAAAUUUCACCUGAAAAGGAUUAAGGAACUUUACCCAGGAACAGAGAUUGAAAUGUUUGCUCAUUUCAUCGGGGAGUCCCUUAAGAAGACAAAGACGAGAGAGUUUGUUCCAUCUCAGGAGGAAAUCAUGGCACUGCUUUCCAGACAGGAAAUGACCACCACAGUCUACUGCCAUGGAGGAGGCUCCUGUAAGAUCUCCAUCAACUCUCACACGUCUGCUGGAGAGGUUGUGGAGAAGCUGAUCAGAGGUCUGGCCAUGGAGGACAGCAGGAACAUGUUUGCUCUUUUCGAGCACAACAACGCUGUGGACAAAGCUGUGGAGAGCAGGGUCCUUGUGGCAGAUGUUUUGGCUAAAUUUGAGAGACUGGCCGGCAGUGAGGAAGCCCGGGGUGACGGCCAGUGGAAGCUGUAUUUCAAGCUCUACUGUUUCUUGGAUGUGGAGAGCAUGCCCAAGGAAGGAGUCGAGUUUGCGUUCAUGUUUGAGCAGGCUCAUGAGAGCUUGACUCGCGGUCACUUCCCUGCCCGUGAGGAGACCCUUCAGCACCUUGCAGCUCUGCGCCUGCAGUUCCUGUUUGGGGACAAAGCACGGGUUACGUGGAGCCUGGAGAAUGUCUACCCCGUAGGACGCUUGCACAGUCGCAUCCUCCAGUUUACAAAAGCAGGCGGGGCCUCGGGCUCAGGCCAAACCCUGGAGCGCCGGAGGACCAGCUUCCUGGACAACACCCUGCGCCGGGGGCUGAAGACAGGCUCCAUGAAGAAGCAGCGCCUGGAGGAGGAGCAGAUGCUGGAGAUGUGGAUAAAAGAGGAGAUGUCAGCCACCAGGACCAGCAUUGUGGAGAAGUGGUCUCACCUCAAUGGUCUGGACCAGCACCAGGCCAUGCUCAAGUACAUGACCGUCAUCAAGGAGUGGCAGGGAUAUGGAUCCACUCUGUUUGACGUUGAGUGUAACGAGGGAGGAUUCCCGCACGACCUGUGGUUGAGUGUGAGCGCGGAGAACGUGUCCGUCUACAAGCGAGGAGAGCCAAAACCUCUGGAGACCUUCCCGUACGAGCACAUCGUCUUCUUCGGUGCCCCGCAGCCCUGCACUUACAAAAUCACAGUGGAUGAGAGAGAAAUGUUCUUCGACACACCAGAGGUCGGCGAGAUCACAAAGAUCAUGAAAGCGUACAUAAACAUGAUUGUGAAGAAGCGCUGCAGUGUCAAGUCCGUGUCCAGCUACGGAACCAACUGGAUCAGGUGAUUUAUGGGAGACGACCCUUUGAAGAGAGACGACAAGAGGAGCAAGAGACUCUAGAAAUAUGUUUUUUUUUUUAAAUUGUUUCGGACUCGUGGGAAAGUUCUUCAGUCUGGAUCUCCUGAGUGUUGCUUCUUUCCUUUGCUGUCUCUGAAUCCCUGCUCUAGUGGGUUACACUGGUCCUUUCGCGUUUCUGAAGAAGAAAACAGUUCAGGUAAGAUUAAAAGUUCUCUCACCACUAGUUGAAACACAUCCUCUGAAAGAUUUACGUCUAGGAACGUGCUGCAGCGACGCAGGCACGCUCACUAAAUUAGCACCUUUAUUGAAUGUUGUCCUUUCCCGUGUUGGUUAUUGUUGCAGCCCGUUGAAAUGAAUGUUCUCCUUAAUGGGGAUUCCCUCAGGGUUCUGCAUAAAGACGAACUCCCUCUUCUUGCCUUAUAGCUACUUACAGAGCAGAUGUGGCCUUGCAGAAGCAGGAUGUAAUCAGGCGCGUCACUGAAGCACAUCUCUAAAAUAAAACCUUCCUUACACACAAAACUUCACAUUACUCUAACUUCUAGUUGGAUUAUGUGUGCUUCUGUCCCGGAUUACGUACAUGCAUGAGCUGAAUGUAAAUCUAAAAUAGCCAAACCCUUUUUUUAUAUUGAAUUUGUGUAUUUUAGUGAUGUCAGCAGCCAUGUGAGGGUGGGGUAUUUAUUUAUGAAACACCUCAAUGGAGUUGAGACAAUACUUUGGUUUUCACCUGUUUGUCCUUUUUUUAAGGACACAAACAUUUAAGAUGGACGCGCUAUCUUUAGCUGUUGUAAUUAUUUCUAACUGUAUGCUGUAGCUGGGCUUCUGUGACUGUUAAAAACAACUGAAGUGUGUGUUUGCUCAUGUUUUCCAACCCCAUGCCACAUUAAAGUUCCGUCUUCCAUCACUCCCAGUUAGGUGCUCUGGUCGGCUGCCGGCGGCCACACCAGAGACUGAUAUCACCACUGACAACGACUGUACUUCUGAGGUUUCUGACUGUUUUGAAGAAGAAAAAUCAGAAAAUGUUUUAUAUCGGAAUAUUAAAAUAAGCUUUAAUAAAUUAUUGUAUUUCAAAAACA